CUCCCUUCCAUUUCGUCCGACCCGACGCUGGUCGGAAGUCCUGGUUUGACUCGCUGAUUCCAUUUACGCACAGGCGGGUGCGUCCGCAGCCUGGCCCGAGCCUUCACUCAACGCAUUGUUCGGCGACUCGCCUGCCCAGCGCGAGGGCCCAUGUUGAUACGGCGACCGCCGAGGAAUGUGGCGAUCACAGGUGCGAGUCGUGCUUUUGGCACUAUGCCACAGGUGGACCCGAGGAGCGGGAAGGUCUUCCAGGAGUACACGCUGCACGGGCAGGAGGACCUUAGACGUGCGCAGCAUCGUGGCCUCGGCCGACGCUGCGUACCGCCACUGGCGACGAGUCUCCCCCGCCGAGCGGGUAGAGAAGGUCGCGGCCCUUGCAGGCAUGCUGCGGGCCCGGGCAGAGGAGGCCGCGGUGCUCAUCAAUAGGGAGAUGGGCAAACCGGUGCCACAGGCCAAGGCAGAAGUCAUGAAGUGUGCGUACUUGGUGGAUUGGUACGCGGAGCACGGCGCCAAGUUCUUGCAGGACACCGAGUGCCCGCCCCUGCCGGGCUUCAAGAGGUCGUAUGUCACCUACCAGCCGUUGGGGGUGAUCUUGUCGGUGAUGCCCUGGAACUUCCCGUUCUGGCAGGUGGUCCGCAUGGCGGUCCCGACCCUCAUGGCCGGCAACUCCGUUGUGCUGAAGCUUGCGCCAAACUGUUUCGGCAGCUCGCUGAUGCUGGAGGAACUGUUCGGUGCGGUGCCGGGCCUGCCCGCAGGCUUGUUCCGCGCCCUGUUGAUCGACGGAGAGGCCACGGGCAAGGUCUUGGAUGAGGACGCGAUUAGAGGCGUCGCCUUCACGGGCUCUACGGCGGUCGGCCGGAUCGUCGCUGCAAAGGCGGGCUCGCUGCUGAAGAAGGCUGUGAUAGAGCUGGGCGGCUCUGACGGCUACGCUGUGCUCGCCGACGCGGAUCUCGAUGCCGCCGCUCGUGCCGUGGUCACAGGGCGGAUGUUGAACACUGGCCAGGUAUGCAUAGCCCCGAAGAGGGUGUUGGUAGAAAAGAGUGUCAAAGCCGAGUUCGAGAAGAAGGUCCUGGACGAGCUCGCCACCAAGAAGUAUGGCGUGGACUUCGGCCCCAUGGUGCACGCCACAGCCCGCAAUCAGGUGGCCGACCUCGUGACCGCCACGCAGGCGGCCGGCGCCAGGCUGAUGGCGGGUGGAGUAGACACUGCGGCCCCGGAGGGCGACUGCGGCAGCGCAUUCUUGGCGCCGACCGUCCUGACGGACGUCCGUCCCGGCAUGCCCGCGUUCGAGGAGGAGAUCUUCGGGCCGGUGAUCGCCAUCACGGAGGCCGAGGACGACGGCGAUGCAGUGCGCCUCGCCAACCAGUCGGAGUUCGGCCUCGGCGCAGCGGUGUUCACCAGGGACGUGGCAGAGGGCGAGCGGAUCGCGGCCCAGGACAUGGAGGCUGGCAUGUGCUUCGUCAACGACUUCGUGCGGUCUGACCCGUCGUUGCCGUUCGGUGGGGUCAAGAAUUCUGGCAUUGGUCGUGAGUGCUCUGUCUUUGGCAUGAUGGAGUUCACAAAUGUCAAGACCAUCUGUGUCAAGUAGUAGGCGGCCAACAGCACGCCCCGUGACCAGCAGCGUGCUGGCACCACCAAACCAAAAGUGGACUUGAGGAUUGCGUGCUGGGCCAGUGACGCGCUAGGCCGCUGUCCCCGGCACGUGAAAACGAAGAAUCACCGUAUGUGUCUCACCUGUUGGUUGCCUCUUGUGUCCUCCCCCGCCUUUCUCAUGCUUACCCUCAUCCUUCUCCUCAUCUGUGCUGCUCCUGGCUGCCUACGCGGCCGGCCGCCGGGCAAGCCCUGCCC